UCCUCAUCCUCCUCCUCCUCCUCCUCCUCGUAUUUCUCUUUGACUGCCCUUCCUCCUCGAGGGUCGUCUGUUUGGCUGGUUCCUGGGCCCCCUGGCCAUUCGAGUGGCCACUCGACCGUGACCCCAGGUGCACGAGUGCAGAGAGGCGAUCUCUAGCUUGCUCGCUCCCAAGGACGAGGGAAGAGGGAGCUGGGCCUCAGCAGGAGUGCAGCCCAUGCCGCCCAGCUGCUGAUGAGGGACACCCUGAUGCAGAAGCUGAUGGACGUCCUGGACGAGGAGCGCAAGAAGACAAACAAGGACCUUGGGAUCGAAGGAGAAAAGCAGUUAUUGUCUGGUCGGCGAGGCCCUCAUGGCGCAGUGGGGGCGAAAGCACGGCCUGGACCCUGCGGAGAUGGACCUCUUCUGCGUAUCCCUGCAGAGCGGCGCGCCAUUCGACCUCAAGCACACGGUGGAGCCCAACGACGCAGCGGUGCCCAUGCAGGGGUCCUACUUGAUGAGCAUAGGCAUGAAGUACGCCGAGUACUCGGCGUGCAUCUCGAGGACCAUGCCGGGGGGAAUCCCACGUCCGAACAAAAGGAGGCGUAUACCCUCGCGCACAAAGUGCAAAAGCAGAUUAUCCAGAUCGCCCUGGUGCCGGGGGCCGUGUUCAGGGACAUCUAUGCGGCUGCCAGGGCGAGGGUCCAGGAGCAGAGCGCCGUUCUCGUCGAGCGGUUCGUGAAGAACGUCGGCUUCGCCAUGGGGCUGGAGUUUAAGGACCCCUUGCUGGUGCUGUCCGAGAAGUCGGAUCAGAGGGUGCUGGCGGGCAUGGUCUUCUGCAUCUCCGUGGGCUUCAGUGCUGACCAGGGCACGAGCUGUGCCGUGUGGCUCAGCGAUACGGUGAUGAUACCCAGGAGUGGCGGGCCCUGCGAGUUGCUGACCGGCCUGUGCAGCAGCGAGCAGAAGGAUAUGUGGUUCGAGGCCGGCGUCGAUGAAGCAGCCCCUGCGGCUCCAGCGCAGACCCCACCAGUGCAGCCCAGCGGAGGCC